CAAAUCUAGCUCAACGCAAUACUUCUCAGAUCUCUUCAUUCAAUUUUUUUUUUUCCAUUAAAAUUUUUUUCUACUUCCUUGCAUCGUAGUUCAUCUCUAUAUUUCUUUUUCCAUAGAAUUAUUCUUGUUACUUGUUUUGAUCACAACGAAGAAAAGCAGGGAGGCAUGGAGAAUCCUCUGUUUCUCAAGUCCUUGAAUCACAUCUCACUUGUGUGCAGAUCAAUUGAAGAUUCUCUCAAUUUCUACCAAAAUGUCCUGGGCUUCCUUCCCAUCAAGAGGCCCGGUUCCUUUGACUUCACUGGUGCAUGGCUAUUCAAUUAUGGUAUUGGCAUACAUCUCUUGCAGUCUGAAAACCCUGAAACAAUGCCCAAGAUUGGUCCAAUUAAUCCCAAAGAUAACCACAUUUCUUUCCAGUGUGAGUGCAUGAUGACAGUGGAGAAGAAACUGAAGGAAAUGAACAUAGAAUUCGCAAAGGGUAGAGUAGAAGAGGGAGGAAUCCGUGUUGAUCAGCUUUUCUUUCAUGACCCUAACGGGUUAAUGAUUGAGGUAUGCAACUGUGACAUCUUGCCUGUGGUUCCACUGCCUCAAGGGACCAUCCAAUCGUGUUCCCGGAUCAAUUGCGACAUCCAGCAAAUGCAGCAGCAGAAUGACCAAGCAGUGGGAGGUCGUCAGUGACUGUGGGCACACUUCUACUAAAUUGGUUGGGCAAAAAAAUCUGAAAUGUUAAGGAUGCACGCCUCUCUCUCUCUCUCUCUAAUUUCCUUGAUCAGAAAUAUGUUCAUUUCUAAAGAAAGGGAGGCUAACAACAGUUUUCCAUUUAAUGAAUGUCUUGUUGAACCCCUGAUGCAAAUAAAAUUGAGAGAGAAAAUAUACAAGUUCAUCUCCA